UCCCCUCCCCUCCCCUCCCACCCCACAACUUCCCAGCUGCGCUUCACUUCGCAUCCGCUUCGGACCCAACUCUACGUCCCCCGCCCCCCCCUCUCCGCUCCUCAGUCUCCUCCCUCGCGGAGGGCGUGUCUCUCAGGACCGACCCCUCGGGAUCGACAGAGCGACCCCCGCGCGCUCGCUCCCGCGCGCCAUGGCGUGCCUACGGGGACGCGCACUCGCACUCGCAGCGCGGACGCUCGGCUCGCGUGUCUCCGUCUGACUCGUGGAACCCGUCGGACGCUUCGCUUCUCUUCGCUUCGGUCCCGCCGGCGCGAGGCAGCAGCGCGAGGACGAGGAGGAGGAAGAAGAAGAGAGAGGCGGCCCGAGGACAGGACGACAAGCAGCAUGGUGGUAACGUGAGCGCCUGCCGUGACCGUGACUCCGAAUCCUGACGCGCCAUGGACGAGUCGGCGCUGCUGGACCUGCUGGAGUGCCCGGUGUGCCUGGAGCGACUGGAUGCCUCCGCCAAGGUGCUGCCCUGUCAGCAUACAUUCUGUCGGCGCUGCCUGGCGGGCAUCGUGGCGUCCCGUGGCGAACUGCGCUGUCCCGAGUGCCGCACGCUGGCGCCCUCCGCUGUCGACGAGCUGCCCAGCAACAUUCUGCUGGUGCGUCUGCUGGACGGCAUCCGGCAGCGUCCGCGCCGACCCCGCGAGCAGGGCCUCCUGGCAGGACAGCAGCCUAAGGCCCAGGCCAAGACGACCCCGGUCAGGGGUAUCCCCCAGCUGCCCUGUGCCAAGGCUCUUUACAACUAUGAUGGGAAGGAACCUGGUGACCUCAAGUUCACUAAGGGUGAUGUCAUCAUCCUGCGACGGCAGGUGGAUGAGAACUGGUACCAUGGUGAGCUGGCCGGCAUGCAUGGCUUCUUCCCCACCAACUUUGUACAGGUGAUCAAGCCACUGCCGCAGCCACCGCCGCAGUGCAAGGCGCUCUACGACUUUGAGCUCAAGGACAAGGAGGCUGACAAGGACUGCCUGCCCUUCUCUAAGGAUGAUAUCCUGACUGUGAUUCGGCGAGUCGACGAGAACUGGGCUGAGGGGAUGCUGGGAGACAAAAUUGGCAUCUUCCCCAUCUCUUACGUUGAGUUCAACUCUGCAGCCCGACAGCUCAUCGAACUGGACAAGGCUUCUGAGGCAGCGGCUGACCCAGGAGCCCAGCGCACAGGCGAGGCCAAGAAGAACGCCAAGAAGCGCCACUCAUUCACAUCGCUGAGCACAGCAGGCAAAGCCUCACAGGCCCCGCCGCAGCGCCACUCCAUGGAGAUCAGUGGCCCUGUGCUCAUCAGUUCCAGCAACCCCACGGCCGCAGCCCGCAUCGGGGAGCUCACAGGGGGCUUGUCCUGCAGUGCACCCUCACAGGUCCACAUUUGCACAACGGGGCUCAUUGUGACUCCCCCUCCCAGCAGCCCAGUCACCACAGCGACAGUCUUCACCUUCCCAACAGACAUCAGCUACGUGCCAGGCCCUGUGGAUGGGCACCCCCCUCCCCCACCCCCUCCCCCUAUGGCCUCAGCUGUAGGAGCUGCUGCUCCGUUGGCUGGUGGACAGAGAGCUGUGCCUGGAGGCAGCGAGCAGAGCAGCAGACAGCGGCCCACUGUGUAUGUGGCCAUGUUCCCCUACAACCCUCGAAAGGACGAUGAGCUGGAGCUGCGCAAGGGCGAGAUGUUCCUUGUGCUUGAGAGGUGCCAGGAUGGCUGGUUCAAGGGCACCUCCAUGCACACGGGCAAGAUUGGGGUGUUCCCUGGCAACUACAUGGCCCCUGUCGCCAGGACCGGCUCGGGCGGGACCCAGACCAAGCUUCCCAUGGCCCCGGUUGUCCAGGUUGGGCGGAGCCUGACUGUUAGCUCCUCCUCACCUCUAGGGCAAUCAGUGGUUCCAGAGGGCAGUGCUGCCCAGGUGCCCACCCCCUGCCCCCUUCCCUUGGUCCCAACACCUGCUGUCAACCUCCCGGCCAGCCAGCAGCCCAAGGUGUUGAUGCACGUGAGUGGGCAGGUGACAGUUAACCAGGCGCGCAACGCAGCCCGGGCAGCCACAAAUCAGAGCCAGGAGCGGCCCACUGCUGCAGUCACACCUGUCCAGGCACACCUCCCGCCACAGACCAUGCCCACUCAGCCACCUGGCCCAGUUCGAGGGGGCGUGCCUCUGGGCUGUGCUGCCACCUCCCUCACCCCACCCAAUGUGAGUGCUGCGUCACUGGAAGGUGAAUCUUCGAGGCCAGUGGCUGCGGUCAUCGUUCCCCUUGGUCCCGGAAGUGGCCUCUCUGCCAAUGGUUCAGUGGGCACCUGCAGCCCGGCCUGCCGCCUGGACCGGGACACCAAGAAGGAGAAAAAGGGUUUGCUGAAGCUGCUCUCUGGCUCUUCCGCCAAGAAGAAGCUGCGUUCCUCUCCGCCCUCGUCACCCACGCUGGAGUGCGAACAGGCGGCCGGCGACCUGGCCCAGGGGGCUGUGGGCAUAGAGCAGGACCCUGGUACCUUUUCCUGCCCUUCACCGCCGUCAUCCUCCUGUUCCAUGGCUCCCCCAGAACCCUCCCAACGCAUGAGCGCCGCCCUGGAGGCUGCCGCCCCCAUUGCGCCCCCACCUCGCCAGCCCUGCUCCUCGCUCGCCUUCCUGCACCAGGACGCCCGGCCCAUUCUAUGCGAGCGGUACAGAGUGGUGGUGUCGUACCCCCCCCAGAGUGAGGCUGAGCUCGAGCUGAAGGAGGGAGACAUUGUGUUCGUGCACAAAAAACGGGAGGACGGCUGGUUCAAGGGCACGCUGCAGAGGAAUGGCAGGACGGGGCUAUUUCCGGGCAGCUUUGUGGACAGCCUCUGACACGCGCACACAUGCACACACUCGCUUCGAGUGCCUGGGCUCUCAGUCCACAGGCUGCCUUAAUGACUGAAAGACUGAGAACUGAAGUCUAGAGAGCAAAGAGCUGUUGGGCAAGAUGCAGCAACUGUAGGGCAUGGCACCCUUUGCCGCAACGGUUCCUUACUGGCCGCUCAUGUAUGUCUUGGACCAACACUGAACCGUGUGCCUCCAGCUCUUUGCCACUUUACUCUGUGGACACAAAGGUCUCCACAUGUAAGACCUUAAUGAGUCUCAUGCUGAGGUUGAUGCUCCAGCACUACGUCUCUCUCCAUCCGAAUGAGCGCUUAUUGUCAGCAGUGAUGUCAUCGACGUGCAGCUGUCUGAGUUUUGCUGGCCCUUCAGCAUGGUGACUCUGGUCCAUAUGAGCUGCACGUAGAGUUCAACUUGAGGUCAUCAGUAGAGAGACAUCGCUCAUCAUUCUGACCCUGAUAAAGAUGAAGGAGAGAGGGUGGAAAGGAAACACUCCACAGUCACUCCUGCUUCACUUGGACUUGUGGGCUCGAGCUCUGAGAUGGUGCUGGAUGAAGCCACAAUCACAGCUGCUUUCCUUCUCAGCAUCGCUAACCACAGAGUUCUAGUUCCAAAGGAGGCGAUUGAUGUAAUCGUCACAGUACUGGCCUGAAGAGUAAAAUUAAUAUAUUUCUAUUUAUGUUCACAACGGAACCUGUGGAGGAGGCGUUGAGGUGUUCUCCACUUGGUUCAAGCUGAUAUUUCGUGCACCGAUUGUCAGAGUAGGCAGAUUCUACUUUUCUUUGUAUACGGGCUCUUCAAGUUACAAAUGGUCUCGUUACGAAUGUUAGAAGAAACACUUUUUCGUGUAUUUCUGUUAUUCAUUCGUAUCUAAUGGUAUCUCCUUUGUUUGAAACUUCUCUGCUGUGAAGGGAACGUCACCUGUUUUCCUCCAAGCCCACAGAGACAGAGCAGUGUGUGGAACUGCCUCAGUUCAACUCCCUUCCACAGUGUUUACAGCUCCUGAGUGUCAGUGAUCUGUACCAAGGUUAGGGACAUUGUUCAUCUUUAUGGGAUGGAAUCGGUCACCAAGCAACAGUUGUUUUUAAAUCAGGGAGCUGGAGUGCACUAUAUUGCGAUUGACAUGUGCUGAACACGAUCUUUUGCCCGUUAAUGGAACACACGAGUGUUCUCGCUGUGCAGAUUUCUCUGUUCUUCCUGUACCCAAGUGUACCUUGUUCUCAUUGUAGACAGUGUGUUUUGUCUUUGAUUAGCUGCUCAUUUUCUCUCUGAUUCUCUACUUCCCCCCCCUGUUUGUUACCCCAACGUUUGUAACUGAACUAUCGUAGACUUGAAUUCGUGGGCCGGUGCCGGCAGGAAGUCGGGUUCCGGCCCGUUUCUUUGUUUUUUAAAGCACAAUGUGUGGUGAGAAGUCUAACUGUAGUAGUUGGUCUUUGAGGUGGACACGCUCCCCACAUGCCCCGCCCCCCCGUGCCAAAACUCCAGUGAGGUGUGGCAGGCACACUGCCCGAUUCCCAGGAGAACCCUGUGGUCAGCACUGCGGCCACGGUCCAUGUCGCGUGGGACGCAACAGUGAGGCUGCAGGCACAAGCAGUGGUCAGGGGGUCCAGCAGGCGGCACUACUGCAGAGAAAGAGUGAGGGGCGUUUGUCAUCGUGGUCGUUGUCUCAGAUGGUUGCUAGUCUAGGGGGUACUGUAGGAAUUGACCGUAGUAAACAUAGUGAAAGCGCUGGGCUGGGCUGCUCUGGUUCUUUCGUUCUGCUGCGUUUCUCCAGUGUUACUAGACAGCCGAUCGUGAGCAGGGCAUCCGCUGCAUGUCCUGUAUGUGCAUGAGGGAUGUACAGUACCAGACUGGAUGGCCCCACCCAGCCUGUAACAACCAUGAUGCUAAUAAAGCUACAAGUUCCUCUUUGGUUUUUCUUUAUUUUGUCUCUCUCAUUUCCUGCAUUUGAACCUUGUAUGUCUAUAAGCAAGUAAUGAGCCUCUUGGAGGUCUGGUCUGAGGUAGGUUGUUGGUUCAAGCCCCAGUUCUUGCUUCGUUACUGCAGACCAUAUUAUUCAUCUAGCAGAUGCUUUUUUCCAAAGCGACUUACCACAAACUAUGUAGUGUUAUCA